CCACACCUACACCUGGAUCAAGACCAGGAACCUCGGCCAGACCGCAGCAGCUCCACAGCACCCGUUCCUACCCUUUCCCGCCUCAUCCCAUGGUCGUCUUCGUCUACAAGCGCGGUACGUUCUCGCCUGCACACUCUUACGGUCGCCGCGAGAGCGUCGCGUUCGACAAGAUCACUGCGCGCAUCGAAAAGCUCUGCUACGGCCUCGACCGCAACCACGUCGAGCCCAUCGAGAUCACGAAGCGUGUCAUCAGCGGCGUGUACCAGGGUGUCACGACGGUCGAGCUCGACAACCUCGCCGCCGAGACGGCGGCUUACAUGACCACCCGGCACCCGGACUACGCCAUCCUCGCUGCGCGCAUCGCCAUCUCGAACCUGCACAAGGAGACGAAGAAGACGUUCUCGCUCGUCGUCUCGGACCUUUACCACUACGUCAACCCCAAGAACGGCCGGCCGUCGGGCAUGAUCUCGGACGAGACGUACAAGGCCAUCAUGGACAACGCUGAGCGCCUCAACAGCGCCGUCAUCUACAACCGCGACUUCAGCUACAACUACUUCGGGUUCAAGACGCUCGAGCGCUCGUACCUGCUGCGCAUCGACGGCAAGGUCGCCGAGCGCCCUCAGCACAUGCUCAUGCGUGUCGCCGUCGGCAUCCACGGCGCCGACAUCGACCGCGCAAUCGAGACGUACAACCUCAUGUCGGAGCGCUACUUCACGCACGCCUCGCCGACGCUCUUCAACGCCGGCACGCCGCGCCCGCAGCUCUCGUCGUGCUUCCUCGUCACGAUGAAGGAGGACUCGAUCGACGGCAUCUACGACACGCUCAAGACGUGCGCCCUCAUCUCCAAGACGGCCGGCGGCAUCGGCCUCUCGAUCCACAACAUCCGCGCGACGGGCUCGUACAUCGCCGGCACCAACGGCUACUCGAACGGCAUCAUCCCCAUGCUGCGCGUCUUCAACAACACGGCGCGCUACGUCGACCAGGGCGGCAACAAGCGGCCGGGCGCGUUCGCCAUCUACCUCGAGCCGUGGCACGCCGACAUCUUCGACUUCCUCGACCUGCGCAAGAACCACGGCAAGGAGGAGGUGCGCGCGCGCGACCUCUUCUUCGCCCUGUGGAUCCCGGACCUCUUCAUGGAGCGCGUCGAGCAGGCGGGCGACUGGCCCCUCUUCUGCCCCGCCGAGGCGCCCGGCCUCGCCGACGUCUACGGCGACGAGUUCAAGGCCCUGUUCGAGAAGUACGAGAAGGAGGGCCGCGCCAAGAAGACGAUCCCGGCCCAGAAGCUGUGGUACGCCAUCCUCGAGGCCCAGGUCGAGACGGGCAACCCGUUCAUGCUCUACAAGGACGCCGCCAACAAGAAGUCGAACCAGAACAACCUCGGCACGAUCAAGUCGUCCAACCUCUGCACCGAGAUCAUCGAGUACUCGGCGCCGGACGAGUGCGCCGUGUGCAACCUCGCGUCGAUCGCCCUCCCGUCCUUCAUCGAGAACGGCGUCUACAACUUCCAGAAGCUCCACGACGUGACCAAGGUCGUGGCGUACAACCUGAACCGCAUCAUCGACGUCAACUACUACCCGGUCAAGGAGGCCGAGAACAGCAACAUGCGCCACCGCCCGAUCGGCAUCGGCGUGCAGGGCCUCGCCGACGCCUUCAUGGCGCUCCGCCUCCCGUUCGACUCGCCCGAGGCGCGCCAGCUCAACCUCCAGAUCUUCGAGACGAUCUACCACGCCGCGAUCGAGUCGUCGUGCGACAUGGCGCGCGAGCACGCGGCCAAGAACCCCGGCGAGUCCGGCGCGUACCCGUCGUACAAGCUCAACGGCGGCUCGCCCGCGAGCCAGGGCCUGCUCCAGUACGACCUGUGGAACGUCACGCCGACCGACCUGUGGGACUGGGCCGAGCUCAAGGACAAGAUCGCGCAGCACGGCCUCCGCAACUCGCUCGUGUGCGCGCCCAUGCCGACGGCCUCGACGAGCCAGAUCCUCGGCAACAACGAGGCGUUCGAGCCCUACACCUCCAACAUCUACACGCGCCGUGUCCUCGCCGGCGAGUUCCAGAUCGUCAACCCGUGGCUCCUGCGCGACCUCGUCGACCGCGGCCUGUGGGACGACGCGAUGAAGAACACGAUCAUCGCGCACAACGGCUCGAUCCAGAACGUCCCGGGCAUCCCGGACGAGCUCAAGCGCAUCUACAAGACGGUGUGGGAGAUCUCGCAGAAGACGGUCAUCGAUCUCGCGGCCGACCGUGGCGCGUUCAUCGACCAGAGCCAGAGCCUGAACGUCCACCUCUCGAGCCCGACCAUGGCUCAGCUCACGAGCAUGCACUUUUACGGGUGGAAGAAGGGCCUCAAGACGGGCAUGUACUACCUCCGCACCCGUGCUGCCGUUGGCGCCAUCAAGUUCACCGUCGACCAGGCGACUCUCGACUCGGCCAAGGCCGCCAACGCGUCCGCCCCGGCCGUCGCUGCCGCACCCACCGCCGCACCCGCCGCCGUCAAGCCGGCUGGCAUGCGCGACAUCACGAACGGCGUCGCGCGCACGAGCCUCUCUGCUGUCGCGCCCGCCAAGCGCUCGCCGACGAGCAGUACGCCGGGCGCUGCGUCGCCCGCGCCUGCGCCCGUCCCUGCGCCUCUCGCCGCGACGCCGGCCGCACCGGCAGAGGACGAGGAGGAGAUCUCGUACGAGGAGGCGGUCCGCCGCGCCGAGGAGCACGCGCAGGCCGUCCUGCAGUGCUCGAUCGACAACAAGGACGCUUGCCUGAUGUGCAGCGGCUAAAGUAGACUGCCUCGCCGUCGAGCCUGUCGCUCGUGCCCUCGUUGUCUCCCUUUGCCUUUCUCCUUCCCUCGCACCCUCGUUGUACUCGUCACCGUUGUACCGCAGCGUCUGCGCGUAUCGUUCCUGCUCUCGCCGAUGUAACCUCGUUCCGUUCGUGCCCUUG